UUUGCCAGAUUCAUUUUCCAGGGAGACGUCGUCGCGUAGACAAGCUCGAAUUCGAAGCGGGCGCCAACAAGUCGAUCCGGUAGACAACCUCCAGUUGAUCCAGGAGAGUCGAACCAGUCCCAGCUGAAUUUUCCGGGCGGAGUGGAAAGCUACUCUACGCGCCCGCAGAGUUGACUGUGUAAAGGGAAAGCCUGGGAUCAGAACUCGCGACGCCAUAUUUGUUUCCAAACGAUUGUGUGUGUGUGUCUCAGCUCCGGUGAGUGAGCGCCCGGUUGUGUGUAAGUGCAAAGACCAUCGGGAGCCUUUGCACUCCAAGUGUUCCGACAUUACCCCAUCAGAGUCUACCUAAUUACGAACAAAGUUUGGUAAGGGAAUACAAUUUCCAGAGCCAGCGUCUGUGUAUGUGUGUGUGCUGUCACACCGCUAUGGACGAGUGUGCGUGCGGACGUGUUGGUGGAACCCGAUCGUGAACGCUGGUGUGAGUGCAAGUGGCUUUGAGUGCGCGGCGAAAAAUAUCCGCUUACCUAAGCGAAAAAGUUCUCUCACAACGGCCUAAGAACCGCACCUGGGCACAGACACAGUCACAGAAAUACCUGUGCAAACGAACGUGGCCAGCAUACAAAGCGAAACCAGAAAAUCCACAUUUUUCGACUUGCUCCAAGCUCUCCUCGCGCUCUCGACUGGAACGUCGCUCCCCAGAGCUACACCUCUGUAUCUAUAGCUCUACGUAUUCGUAAGUCCGCUACGUAGCCACAAUGAGCGACUCCACUCCCAUCUGUCGGUGCCGCGUGCUUUACUUGGGCAGCGCCGUGCCGCGCCAGAGCAAGGACGGACUGCAGGGCAUCCAGGAGCCGCUGCGCAGCCUUUAUCCUUCGGAGGGGGCCGUGGGCGCCAAGGGCAUCGACAGCUGGCUGAGCGUCUGGUCGAACGGCAUCCUGCUGGAGAACGUAGACGAAAACCUUAAGCAGAUUACGCGCUUCUUCCCGAUCGAGUCCCUGCACUACUGUGCCGCCGUGCGGCAGGUGCUCAUCCCGGAGCGAGGAAACUCCCACCCGGAGCCAAAGUUCCUGCCGCUGGACUCGCCCUUCGCCCGAAUGCCGCGCGCCCAGCACCCACCCAUCUUCGCCGCUAUCCUGCGGCGCACCACCGGCAUCAAAGUGCUUGAGUGCCACGUGUUUAUCUGCAAGCGGGAGGCGGCCGCAAACGCGCUAGUCAGGUGCUGCUUUCACGCAUACGCUGACAACUCGUAUGCCCGCCAGUUGGAGACGGGCGGAGCCGGAGGGGGCGGUAGCGUCUACGGCACCCUGAAGAGCGGUGCCGGCAGCAAGUCAAGUGCCGACUUGACCAGCGUGGGUCUGGGCAACGGAAUCGGAAACGGCGGCGGCAGCCACCAUCUAGCCCUUUCCGGUCAAGGGGGAUGGCGAUCGAGAGCGGGCAGCACUACGACGCUAAAUAGCCUCGGGCGAGCCUCAAAUGGCCACGCCCCUAAUGGAUCGGCCUUGGGCACUAACGGUGGUAGUACUGGCAGCGCAGCCGAGGGUUACACAUCUGUGAAAAACUUCUAUGGCAGCAGUGCUGACCUCAACGUGACCGUUGAUGACGGAGAUGCGUCGUACAAUGGCGACGAGAACCACAAGGUCUGGAGUGGGUCGCAGGACCAGCUCGAUAGCAUUGGGCCUGUAGAGAGUCCCUACGAACUGUUUGCUGGAAACACUUCCACCUUGGGGAGGCCCCUUCGGGCGCGGCAAAUCAGCACGCCCAUCGACGUACCGCCGCCUCCUGUUAAGGAGGAGCGCAAGUCGAAGCGGGACAAAAAGUCGUCGAAGUCGAGCGGUAGCCAGAGCCUCUCCGGUACUCUAAUUCGCCCGAAACCCGUGCAUGCGGCAGCUUUGCAUCGCUCCGGCUUCCAGGGGACGCCGGGACCUGGCAGCAUGAUCUACGGACACGUACCCGGACAAGGACCCCACGCCGCCCGGUACCACACGAUAAGCCACCGCGGCUUUCCCCCGGGUCCACACAGCCACCUGGCUCAUCACCCGCCACCACAUUCCCCACAGCACCAGGUUAAUAUGAUGCACCACCCCCACAUCGUUGGCAUGCCGCCUAUGCAGAUUCCCGUGAUGAUGCCGCAGCAGUACGCCACGCUUCAGCCGUCUCGCUCCACAAGCAAGAAGAAGAAAAAGGAUAAAAGGAAUGGCGCGGCUGGAGGUGGCGGAGUACCCGUGGGCAUGCCCAUUGUUCCGCCUAUCUACGCCUACCAUCAACAGCAGGUCAUCGGAAGCGUUCCGUCCCCCCAGCUGGCCCAGUCCCUCAUCGGGGAGAGCCGUGGGUUGGGCCACUCUAACCGCAAGCUGGCGGCAUCUAUGGGCAACGGACUGGACGACUCCGGAAACUCGGGGGCCGAGUCGCCAUCGCCAGGCGGCACUGGGAUAUACAAGCGCAAAGGACACUUGAACGAGCGAGCCUUCAGUUACUCUAUACGCCAGGAGCAUCGCAGCCGUAGCCACGGAUCAUUGGCCAGCUUGCAGUUUAACCCGCCAGACAUAAAAAAGGAACGUGAGAUCGCCCAGAUGGUAGCAGGUCUUGACCUUAACGAAGGCGAGCGACCUAUGGGCCCGAACUCACUGCAGCGCAAGCAGGCGGCCAUAUCAAUGCAAAAUGGCGGAGGACAGGGUCCAGGACCCGGCCAGCAUCCUCACGCUCACCCUCCGCAUCCACAUGCCAUCUACGGCCCACUUGGGCCAGCCAGCAGCUUCGGGAAGCCGCGAAGAUAAGAGCUUAUAUGUCUAUAAGAUAACUUCUUGGUUAGUCUGCCAAGAGGAACCGCGAAGUUAAUGCAUACAUAGAUAGAUUUACACAACGUUUAGCGAUGCUGGUCAAAAUAAAAUGGGUACGAUCGAAAGCGGCGAGUGAAACCUUGUAGUACACCAGAUUGAAAAGAUGGUCUAGCGAAGGUCUGGGAGAGGACUCCCACACGGAAACCAAUUCUACUUAAAUGAAUAUGUGUGCCUUAUUAGGUUUAUACUAAAAGAACGUGCGCUGGCUAGUAACCGUGAAUCCACGAGAUACCAUAUAUUAACCGUAUAAUACGUAGUGUAGAAUAUUAUAAUACGAUUACCUUGUCCGUGUCGGAGACGAUGUUCAAAUGUUCUAUCGCUUCGGGGAACACAUCCCGAUCUGCCGAAUUGAUAAGCCGUAAAUUACCUAUAUGCAAUUUUAUAUAUAUAAUAAAUACCUACAAUAAACUGUUUACAGAGUACGAUCCUA